CAGAAACGUGAAUGAAACUCCACCGUGACCAGACUGAAUGCGCUUUUGUGCAUUGUCGGCCAGGGGAGGGAGAGACUUGACCGACUUCCCGAACGAUGACCUCAGGAACCUGUCCCUGUCCGGCCACGUGGGCUUCGACAGCCUCCCAGACCAGCUGGUCAACAAGUCAACGUCACAGGGCUUCUGCUUCAACAUCCUGUGUGUGGGUGAAACUGGCAUUGGCAAGUCGACGCUGAUGGACACGCUGUUCAACACCAAGUUCGAGAGCGAGCCCGCCACGCACAACGAGCCCGGCGUCAGGUUGAAAGCGCGCAGUUAUGAGCUCCAGGAGAGCAACGUGCGCCUCAAGCUGACCAUCGUGGACACCGUGGGCUUUGGUGAUCAGAUCAACAAGGAUGACAGCUACAAGCCCAUAGUGGAAUACAUCGAUGCCCAGUUCGAAGCCUACCUGCAGGAAGAGCUGAAGAUCAAGCGCUCCCUGUUCAACUACCACGACACGCGGAUCCACGCCUGCCUCUACUUCAUCGCUCCCACCGGGCACUCGCUCAAGUCCCUGGACCUGGUCACCAUGAAGAAGCUUGACAGUAAGGUGAACAUCAUCCCCAUCAUUGCCAAGGCCGACACUAUCGCAAAGAACGAGUUGCACAAGUUCAAGAGCAAAAUCAUGAGCGAGCUGGUCAGCAACGGCGUCCAGAUCUACCAGUUCCCCACCGAUGAGGAGACAGUGGCUGAGAUCAAUGCCACCAUGAGUGUCCACCUUCCUUUUGCCGUGGUUGGCAGCACUGAGGAAGUGAAGAUUGGCAACAAGAUGGCGAAAGCCAGGCAGUACCCCUGGGGUGUUGUGCAGGUGGAAAAUGAAAACCAUUGUGACUUUGUGAAGCUGCGGGAGAUGCUGAUCCGGGUGAACAUGGAGGACUUGCGGGAGCAGACGCACACCCGGCACUACGAGCUGUACAGGCGCUGCAAGCUGGAAGAGAUGGGCUUCAAGGACACAGAUCCAGACAGCAAACCUUUCAGUCUCCAAGAGACUUAUGAAGCAAAGAGGAAUGAAUUCCUGGGCGAACUCCAGAAGAAGGAGGACGAAAUGAGGCAGAUGUUUGUCAUGCGAGUGAAGGAGAAGGAAGCAGAGUUGAAGGAAGCAGAGAAGGAUCUUCACGAAAAGUUUGACCAUCUAAAGAGGACUCACCAAGAAGAGAAGAAAAAGGUGGAAGACAAAAAGAAGGAACUUGAGGAAGAGCUGAACAACUUUCAAAAGAAGAAGGCAGCUGCUCAGCUAUUACAGUCACAGGCUCAGCAGGCAGGUUCUCAACAAACCAAGAAAGACAAGGACAAGAAAAACUUCUUCUUUAUGUAACCGUCACCUUGCCAAAGCCCCCGCACCCUCUCUCCCAGUGGACCGUAGGGCACUGGAAGAGCUGCGGAUCCGGGCACCCCUGCCAGGAGAAGAGCCACCUCAUUCUUCCAUCACGUCUGCCCUCCUCUCCUUCCCCCUUUGUUCCCACCCGUGCGUCUGAGGGUGUGCUGUGCUGUGUGUCUGUGCGGGAUGUGCCCGCUCCGGCGCGCCUCCGACAGCGUCCAGGCUCGCAGCAGUGCCGGAGGGAACGGCCGCCGGAGGGAGCUCGGCCGCGCUGUGCCUCCUUGCUCUGGGUUAGUUGGAUUUUUUUGCCUCCCUCCCGCUUUCUUCUGCCAUAGCGUGCACACGCUGCUGGUGACACACACAAUGACAGACUGGGGGGUGAGUGUGCAUAGCUGGAGGAUUUCAUUUCUGCCUCAAGCCUGGCUGCUUUGGAUACCACAACUUCAUCUCAAGGGCGUCCUGUGCUCCUCUGGCAUGGCUGGAAAUGUCUCCAUAGACCUGUGAUGUUCUCAGUGUGUCACUGUGUGACGGUGGAUGUCCCGUCCUGUGGCACUGAUGGAGCCUGUCCUGGACAGUCAAGGCCUUAUUUUCUGGCUGUGCCUCGCUGUGGGCAGAGCGGGAGUCUGGUUUUGUACAGCCGAGCUGCACUGGCUCGCACGCAGAUCCAGGGCUUCAUUUUGUUUUCAUGAAGCCUAAUUAGUGAUUAUUUUUUUAACAGUCCUGAAUGUGGGCAAGUUGUUAAAAUUUCUAUCUUGUUUACUUUGGAAGUGAACUCAGCUGAAAAGUUUGACAAAUGCCAAAGGAUUGCUUGAAGGUAAAAACAAAACCUGUAAAUGUGUGUAGUGACCUCCAGCUGGUUUGGGAUGGAGGGAAGGAGGCAGCCCAAGCCUCUUGGGAUGUUGGUUUGUGUAGAGUGAUGCACUUUGAUUUUGAACCGAAUACUAGUGAUUUGUUCUUUGCAUCUGUGAACCUUAAUCAAGGACUUCCCUUCCUUUAGCCUGCCAAAGUAAAGCUGCCCUGAGUUGGUCUAGGUUUGGCCUCUGGCACUCAGUGUGUGACAUGCCAGCUGCUGAGGGGCUCUGCUGAAAUCUGCUGGGGUUUUUUUUUUUCACAAGAACAGUGUUUUGCAGCACCCUUCAGUGACAAGGGUCAGCUCCCUGCUUGUCCUGGAAACCUCUGCAACCAAAGAAGUGGCUUUAUAGAUGCACUCAGAAAGGUUAUUGAGUGUUGGCCCUGUGUGUGCUGUACCCUGGUACGUAGCUGGACUUGCUGGUUGUUGCCCAGCCUGAAGGGCUGUCAAUAUUUGCACAAGUGUAGCUUGGGACAGGACUUGCAGUGAUACCAAAACCAGAGCCUGCCCUGCUCUCGAGGCAGGUGGUACCCAGUGCCUCCCACCAGAUAGCCAGGUUAGAAACCUGUUUAAUUCAGCUUUAACUGAGUACAAAGCAGGGUUGAGGCCAUUGCUGGAUUAAACCUUGGCUGUGUCUGUCCCUGCCUUGCUCUGCAGAACUCUGUGGGUGUUUGUCUUAACUGGGAAGCACCACUU